UCCAUAGAGAGGCUGAGUGGCAUUUGAUAAAAGAUACUGUGGAGGGUGGAAUGUGUAUACCAGGUUACGAUUGAUGCAUUUGGGGACACUGCUGACGAUUGUUGGCAUCGGCAUUGAGAUCACAUAGUUCUUGAUACCUUCUUUCAUCCCAACUAUUUCCUCUUUCCCAGCCAUUCUCUUAAACCUCAUCUGAGGCCAUAGGAAUCUAGAACCGUCCCAGGUAGUGGAAGGUGGAUACCUUAGGCUCCGCCUUCUCCUUGUACUGCUCUAGGCUAGAGAGAACAUUGUUAAGAGGCACCUCGAUGCUGCCGAGGUCACGGAACAAGCUGGUCCCUGCUUUAGUGGUGUCUCUACCCAACGGAACUGGAGGGUGAACGACCCAGAGUGCUUGCUGGGUAUUUUAGAGGGCAUUGGGAUGAGCAUGGAUGCAUGAUUCCCUCACCCCUCCUUUUGCUGGGGACUUGGCCCCUCCCCCAAACUUGAGGAACGACUCCGACUCCGGGCAAAACGUGCUGGGCUUCCGGACCGACCCCGACCCCGCAUUCCCGCCCGCAGCCGCCUUGUCAUGCUGCCCAAAGUGGAGACGGAAGCCCCAGGACUGACCCGAUCGCAUGGGGAACAGGGGCAGAUGCCGGAAAACAUGCAAGUGUCUCAAUUUAAAAUGGUGAAUUACUCCUAUGAUGAAGAUCUUGAAGAGCUAUGUCCUGUGUGUGGCGAUAAAGUAUCCGGGUACCAUUAUGGUCUCCUUACCUGUGAAAGCUGCAAGGGUUUUUUUAAGCGAACAGUCCAAAACAAUAAAAGGUACACAUGUAUAGAAAACCAGAACUGCCAAAUUGACAAAACACAGAGAAAACGUUGUCCUUACUGUCGAUUCCAAAAAUGUCUAAGUGUUGGAAUGAAGCUAGAAGCUGUAAGAGCUGACCGAAUGCGAGGAGGCAGAAAUAAAUUUGGGCCUAUGUACAAGAGAGACAGGGCCCUCAAGCAACAGAAGAAAGCCCUCAUCCGAGCCAAUGGACUUAAGCUGGAAGCCAUGUCUCAGGUGAUCCAAGCCAUGCCCCCAGACCUGACCAUCUCCUCUGCAAUUCAGAACAUUCAUUCUGUCUCCAAAGGCCUACCUCAGAACCAUGCUGCCUUGCCUCCCACAGACUAUGACAGAAGUCCCUUUGUCACAUCUCCUAUUAGCAUGACAAUGCCACCUCAUGGCAGCCUGCAAGGUUACCAACCAUAUGGUCACUUUCCUAGUCGGGCCAUCAAGUCUGAGUAUCCAGAUCCUUACACCAGCUCACCUGAGUCAAUGAUGGGCUACUCCUACGUGGAUGGUUAUCAGACGAGCUCCCCAGCCAGCAUCCCACACCUGAUACUGGAACUUUUGAAGUGUGAGCCAAAUGGGCCUCGAGUUCAAGGGACAAUCAUAGCUAAGUUACAGGAGGAGCAGGAGAUCCGAGGCAAGCAUGAAAAGCUGAACACAUUUGGGCUUAUGUGCAAAAUGGCGGACCAGACCCUUUUCUCCAUUGUUGAAUGGGCCAGGAGUAGUAUCUUCUUCAGAGAACUGACGGUUGAUGACCAAAUGAAGCUGCUUCAGAACUGCUGGAGUGAGCUCUUGAUCCUCGAUCAUGUUUACCGGCAAGUGGUAUAUGGGAAGGAAGGGUCACUCUUACUGAUCACUGGGCAACAAGUUGACUAUGCCAGCAUUGUCUCACAAGCUGGAGUCACACUCUCCAACCUCGUGAGUCAUUCACAGGACCUAGUGCUGAGGUUCCGUUCCCUACAGAUUGAUCACCGAGAGUUUGUGUGUCUGAAGUUCCUAGUGCUGUUCAGCUUAGAUGUCAAGAAUCUUGAGAACUUCCAGCUGGUGGAAGGUGUCCAGGAACAGGUGAAUGCCGCUCUGCUGGACUACACGGUUUGUAACUACCCACAGCAAACAGAGAAAUUCGGACAGCUACUUCUUCGACUCCCCGAAAUCCGGGCAAUCAGCAUGCAGGCAGAAGAGUACCUCUACUACAAGCAUCUGAAUGGGGAUGUACCCUACAAUAACCUUCUCAUUGAGAUGCUGCAUGCAAAAAGAGCCUAAGUUACCACUCCUAGAAGCUUGCUCUAGGAACAAAGACUGGAGGAAGUCGAGGAGGAGGAAGAAAACAUAAUACUCUGAACUGCUCCUAGAAAUGCUAAUUACGACUCGGUUUAAAGACACCGAAUUUUAAAACGCAUAAUAAUCAAAUACUUAAUUGCAAAUAAAUGAUAUAUCAGGGUAUUCGUACUGCAAACUGUGAAUUGAAGGCCUCUCAUCCCCAAAGGAGUAAGGAUUCCUGUGUAAUGGGGUGAUUGACUUCACAGUCCAAUACCACCACAUCAGAAUAGAAAUGGACAGAACAAUUCUUGUGUAUUUAAACUGAUCUGUUAAGAAAUUUCAGCAUUUGAUCGGUGUUAUUAAUUGGACUUGUCCAGAAUUCCUCCCUGGUGAAGCUGAACGACUCUAAGAACACAUGGGCUGUGCCUUGGCAGCCCCUCCCUCCUCCCAGAAGGCCCUACACCUUCUGACCCGUGAGCCCUGAAGCUGUACUAAGGACUUUGUUCAGCCACACCCUCCCGUAGCUCCACUAAAUCAUGAGUUCUGAAUGUCUGUCUUAGACCUGCCAAUAGCUAAUAAGAACAAUGUAUAAAUAUGUCAGCUUGCCAUUUUAAAUACAUUCUGAAGUUGUUUUGUCGUGUGUUCGUAAUUAAAAAGCAAAGCAGGCAGUAUCCCUCUUCUAUAUAAGCAUUAGUUAAUAUUAAAGGAAAUCAAACAAGUUUAAACAAAUACUCCCAGCAAGCUAGACCUUAAUUCUGCUAUUGUUGCUGAACUGUGGCUUUGGCAUGGUUGAGUUUCAUAAGAAAUUUUGGCCAAGUGACUUGUUAGAAUACAUCCGUCUGUUUAGUCAUCAGGAUUUAUAGUACACUAAAAAAUAAAAACACUAAACUUUUUUUUGCUGGGAUGUCAAAUAAUCACAGUGUAAGUAGCCAAAAAGUCAAAGCAUGCUAAGCAACGCCAAAUAAAGAAUGGUUGAGCUGCAAAGGCAGUUGUUGCAAGGUUCAUUGAUAAUCAGAGAGCACCUCCUAACUUGGGAUGCAAAAGCAGUGAUUCUCAUGGCCUGGAAAGACAGUAAUCUGCAGAGAGCAAUGGAAGAGAACGAUACUGGCCUAAGUUAUAGACCAAAGUCUGCUGUAGAACAAAACUAUUGGAGGGCGGAGAUGGCAAACACACUCUCCAAACGUGCUGUCAGUAUUAAUACGCCAUGGCCACAUAGGGAAGCCUCGCCUUACUUCCUGGUCCUAAAAGGGAGCUGUGCAGAUGUAGAUCAGCAUUUGUUGAAAAUAAAGUAUUAAUACUUUCAAGUCAAACAAAACAUAGUGUUUACAUUCUUUAGGUCCUGGGGGGGGGGUGUUGGGGGGACUUUGACACUUCAAGAUAGCAUAAACAGUCAUUCUUUUAGUGUUACUUUUCUGGUUCGUAAUUAUUUUUAACAGUACUUAAUUACUGUAUGUCGUGAGACACUAAAAUCAAGAAUGGGACUCUCAUUUCGUCUUUGAUUUGUUGAGAUCAGCAGCACAAUCACUUGUAGAAACUGUAAAAAAUAAAGUAUCUCCCAGUCCCUUAAUUUUUUUUCUCAAAUGUUUUCUGGCUUUGGAAUAGUUUAUUUAUAUUGUAUAUCAUAGUUUCAACUGUAGACAAUUAUGAUGCUAAUUUAUUGUUCCUCUGGUUCCCCUUUGUAUAAGAUAGAGCCAAGACUGAAGAAACCAAAUAUGUGUUUACUAUAGCAUGUCUUCAAGUUAGUGGAACAUAGUUCAGGGGUAUAGAAGGGUCUUAAUGAUUAAAACCAUCCACUUGAUUACAUGUCUGGAAAUUCCCAUAAUCCUUCUGUAGCUUAUUUAAUAUCCAUUGUGAAUCACGUGACUUGUAGCUUUUUCUUGUUUUGAAGUCAUUUUAACAAGACCCAGUCUUACCUGGUUUUCCUUUCCAAAUAUUGUAAGUUGUAUACCAAAGAUAUUAGUUUAUUACUUCAGUGUGUACAAAGAAGAUUGAUUAUCUUAUUACAUUUAUUAUUAAUCACCUCUACUAUCCAUCCUCACGAGGGAUGCGCAUUGCCUGGGCCAGGCAAUGACUCUCAGUGUUAUCUUCAUGGUUCAAAGAAGGAUGGAAGGUCAUUAAUCAGCUCAGAUCCAAAGCAUUAAAUAAAACAGAAGCAUGGCUGUUCCUCCCAACUAAAAACCAAGUUGGUUAAAGGCACUUGGAGAAGGAAUGGUGAUGUCAGCGUUCAAUGAGAAAGCCCUAGCCUGUCUAUCAGUGUGGGCUAAAGGCUAGAAGGAUGGUUAUGCAGAGGAUUUUUUUACAUUGAAAAAAAUCCAUAUUUCCUUAUUUUAAAUAUACUGUACUCCCCACUGAAUAUUAAGCCUAAAAUUGUCCUGCUACGGCACUAACCUAUUAGCUCUUACCCUGAGAAUGGUUAGAAAGCCAAGCAACAGCCACAUCCAUGCCGAGGACAGAAAGUAAGCAGGUGAGUGCUAGCCCAGCACUGAUGGCCCGUUCAGAACUGGCCAGUUGUCUGAUGUCAGUUGGUAGCCAGUCUGUAACUUAGCCAACUGCCUUAUCAAUUACAACAGUUGUUCAUAAAGGCAGACUCAAGUGGGAAGGUUUUCAGCUGAGCUGGGUCUCCUGUAGUUGGUCUCUGUAAACAGAUGAUCUGUAAUGUCUAAAUCUUUGGAUUAUGGGCUCUUCUGGAAUCCAUGCUGUGUUCAGAUGUGAAGUUGGUUACUUGUUGACAGUUUUCUUACUGUAUCAGUGAAAUACAUAUUGUCAUGUCAGUUCUUGCCAGGAAUUUCUCAAUAAAAUGGAUUUUUUUUCAGUAUUUCAAUAAAUAUUGAUAUGCCCACCCGGUAACUUUUAAAA